GUUUAAGAAAAACCUCACCUAUAUGCUUGUAAGCAACCUAAAAAAGCAUAAAUUUAAUAUAUUUUUUUCUAAUUUCAGGACUAAAAACAAUUAUCAACGCACUGCUCCAUUCGUUCAAGCAAUUGGCCGAGGUCAUGACCUUGACUAUAUUUUGCCUUAUGGUGUUUGCACUUUUCGCUCUUCAGGUGUACAAGGGCGAGCUAAGAAACAAAUGCGUCCUCAAGAUGGACGACACCAACGCCACCUACGAAGUUUGGUACAACUGGACGACGGACGAGUCGAACUGGCUAAGGAAAGAGGAAACGGGCGACCCGAUGCUAUGCGGUAACGUGACGGGCUCGCGGCACUGCCCGUGGAAUUACACGUGUCUUUGCGUGGGCGAAAAUCCGAACCACGGUUACACAAGCUUCGACAAUUUCCUUUGGUCCAUGCUGACCACCUUCCAGCUAAUCACACUGGACUACUGGGAAAACGUCUAUAACAUGGUGUUGUCGUCCUGCGGUCCAAUAAGCGUAUCCUUUUUUACCGUCGUAGUGUUUUUUGGUUCCUUUUACCUAAUUAAUUUGAUGCUGGCUGUGGUGGCUCUUGCUUACGAGGAAGAGGCCGAAAUAACGCAGGAGGAACGUAAAAAAGAACUGGUCGACCAUCGCGAAGACUCCACGUUCAGUUUCGAUCCUUCAAGUUUGAAUGUGAGGAAAUUAUCGAAACAAAAAAUUAAAAAGAUCGACGCCCGAAAAGGCGUUCUUCUGUCUUCGUACACAAGAAAAAAAACGAGACGAAGAAAACGAAAUAGGAGCACAACAAUCCAAACGAAAUCUGGAGGAACAUCUGAAAAUUCCAAAGAAGACGGGAAAGACAGUAACAGGUCUUCACCGAAACAACAAAGGUCUGUAACGCCCAGUCCAAGCCCAAGUCCUCGUCAAAGUCGGUGUUCCACAAGGCCCCAAGCUCUACCUCUUCCUCUACCACCUCCCAAACAUGUCCAGCUGUCAGAUCCCAGAUGCCUUGACAGUCUGCAUCCUUCCAACACAUUGGCUCCCAAUAGAGUUGGGUUUCACAGUAGACAGGCUAGUAGUAAUAGCGGGGAAGGAAACAAUAGAGAAUCGUCGUUGGACGACUCGGGGGUCGUGGAUGACCAUGAGCCUGAGGGUGAUGCCACCUCUGAAGAUGCAGGGGCUCACGUGUUACCAACUGUAAGGAGGAUUGAGGUGACUCCAGUAACAGUAGCAGUGAGUCCAAAAGAAAUAAAAGUAAUAAAAUGCAACGGUGUGGGGAGUAACAACAAGAAAAAACACGUGUACACACUACCACCGGAUUAUUUAUCUCACAUUGUUGUUAUAAAUGAUCAAAUUCCAGACAGAAAUUGCAACGGUUGCGAACGAUGCUGUAUGGACUAUGAAGGAUGGCUCCAAUUCCAACAAGUUCUGUAUAGAAUUGUGAAGGAUCCACUUUUUGAGUUGGCCAUCACUGUUUGUAUUGUGUUAAACACAAUGUUUUUAGCCAUGGAACAUCAUGGUAUGAGCGAAUCGAUAUUGAGGGCUCUAGAUAUAGGCAAUAAGGUUUUUACUUCCAUUUUUACGUUUGAGUGUUGUUUAAAGAUUAUGGCGUUGAGUAAAGAUUUUUUCCACUGCGGUUGGAAUAUUUUUGAUUUAAUUAUUGUCUCUGCAAGUUUACUGGAUCUUAUAUUUGAACUUGUUGAUGGUUUGUCGGUUUUAAGAGGUCUAAGAUUGGUCCUUUUGAGCAUCAUAAUAAGUACCAUAGGAGCCUUAGGAAAUUUGACGUUUGUUUUGGUUAUAGUAAUUUACAUUUUUGCCGUCAUCGGCAUGCAAUUGUUCGCGAAAGAUUACACGGAUCAAAAGUUUUUUCCUGAUCCCGUACCUCGAUGGAACUUCACCGAUUUUUUUCAUUCUUUUAUGAUGAUUUUUCGAAUUUUGUGCGGCGAAUGGAUUGAACCUCUUUGGGAUUGUAUGAGGGCAGAGCAACAUGAGAGUCCUGGUAUCUGCCUGGCAGUCUUUCUUCCAACAUUAGUAAUGGGUAAUUUUAUGGUUCUGAACCUUUUCUUGGCCUUGUUGCUUAACAGCUUUAAUUCAGAGGAACUAAAACACAGAAAAGAGGAAGUGGGUGACGAAUCCAAGUUAGCGCAAAGUUUUCAAAGAAUUCGCGAUUUGGUACGAUCAAGACGACAAGCUGAACGUCAAAAUGAAAACAAUUCAAGGUUGGAACAAAUUGUGAGGGAGGUUAUGCAAAGACAUGCAGAAGAGGAAGCAUUCAAAGUUGGUGAGUAUUAUUUUUUCGGAAAAUAA